GGACAAUAGGGUUCCUCCUGGCUAUUACUAAUAUCGCAAAGUCAUUCUGAAUUGAUGAAAACUACCUUGGAAGUUCUGUAGACAUUCCAGCCGUGAUUCAGAGGAGAUCGAAGCUGGGAAGCUGCAAUGGAUGCAGAGAAAUCUACAUUAGCCUUGGAAGCUGUUAGCAAAGAAACUGUUGACUUGGAACACAUUCCUAUUGAAGAAGUCUUUGAAAAUUUAAAAUGUACCGAAGAGGGUCUCAGUUCUGAUGAGGUUCGAGCACGUUUGGGUGUGUUUGGCUACAAUAAACUUGAAGAGAAGAAGGAGAGUAAAAUACUCAAGUUUUUGGGCUUUAUGUGGAAUCCUCUUUCUUGGGUCAUGGAAGCAGCAGCUAUUAUUGCUAUUGCAGUUCCACGUGGUGAGGAUAAGAAAAAAGAAGUUGAUUACCAAGACUUUGUUGGCAUUCUCAUAUUACUUCUCAUCAAUUCAACCAUCAGUUUUAUGGAGGAAAAUAACGCUGGAAAUGCAGCUGCAGCUCUUAUGGCUCGAUUGGCUCCAAAGGCUAAGGUUUUGCGGGAUGGCAAAUGGAAUGAAGAAGAUGCAUCUGUGCUGGUUCCAGGAGACAUUAUAAGCAUAAAACUAGGAGAUAUCAUCCCUGCAGAUGCAAGACUACUCCAAGGAGAUCCAUUGAAAAUUGAUCAGUCUGCUCUUACAGGAGAAUCCCUGCCUGUUACCAAGAAUCCUGGUGAUGUAAUAUACUCAGGUUCGACAUGUAAGCAAGGUGAAAUUGAGGCUGUUGUUAUUGCAACUGGUUUGCAUACUUUCUUUGGAAAGGCAGCUCAUUUGGUGGAAAGCACUACAAAUGUUGGUCAUUUUCAGAAAGUGUUGACGGCUAUUGGUAAUUUCUGUAUAUGCUCAAUUGUCACGGGGUUGCUAUUUGAGACUAUUGUCAUGUUUGCAAUGCAACAUAGGAAGGCUACCGAAGGUAUUGCCAAUCUCCUUGUUCUACUGAUUGGUGGUAUUCCCAUUGCCAUGCCAACAGUUUUGUCCGUUACCAUGGCAAUUGGUUCCCACCGUUUGUCACAACAG